CCAAGGGAGGGAGAGAGAGGGACAAAAAAAAAAAACGAGCGAAUUAUAGCCUUUGAGAAGAGAACGAAGGGGAAGGGGCUACGUGCGUCGUCUCAUCUCCGUUACCUUUGCCUCGGAAAAUAACGGAGGACGCACUCUCUCUCUCUCUCAGAGAAUCCGUGAGAUGAUCGGAGGAAGAUGAUCCGAACGGGCCUCCCGGGUUGCCUCUGGACAGCAACAGCAGCAGCGAGAAGGGCGUCGUCUGUUCGCUUCUCGUCGCCUCCCAUAUCUGGCGUCCGCUUUGCCUCCCGGUCCUCCGGCGAGCUUUAGGGCGAGGACUUCGUCUACGGCGAGCUCCCUCCUACUCCUCCUCCUCCCAAGGCCGCCUCGAUCCCCACCCUUCUCCAGCCGCGGGUCGUCAUCUACGAUGGCGUCUGCCAUCUCUGCCACCGAGGUCAUUUACUCUUCAAUGACGUAGUGUUGAAACCAAGCAUAUGAAGUGUUCGCUUAAAUGUUUCUAUGAACCCUCCUAGAAACCUCGACUUGAAUUUAGAUCAGUUUACGCCAUUAGGACGGUAGGCCUGUAUCAGAAUUCCCAUGUUGAAGAGCGAUAACAAUAACAUGCAGCACAACGGCCGGUCGGCUCGGCUUCCCAGGAAACGCUUCUACAGAGCUCGAGCCCACAGCAAUCCUCUCAGCGACUCUCACUUCCCCAUCCCCAUCAUCCCCGCCGAUGUGGACUAUUCGCAACAUUUCCCUUACUUCUUCCCCUCGAGGAGUUCUGAUGAUGACGAUGGUAGCGCGCCACCCCGCAAGAUUCGAUUUGCCGACAUUGGUUGUGGGUUUGGUGGGUUGCUUGUCGGCCUCUCCCGCCUCUUCCCUGACACUCUAAUGAUUGGAAUGGAGCUCAGAGAUAAGGUUACUGAAUAUGUGAAAGAGCGGAUAUUGGCUUUGAGAGCUGCAAAUCCGGGGCAGUAUGAGAAUAUUUCAGUUGUUCGCACCAAUUCUAUGAAAUAUGUACCCAAUUACUUUGAGAAGGGGCAGCUGUCGAAGAUGUUCUUUCUGUUCCCGGAUCCCCACUUCAAGGAGAAGAACCACCGGCGCCGGGUGAUUAGCCUUCAGCUGCUCGAUGAAUACGCAUAUGCAUUGGAGGUUGGAGGUAUCAUAUACACAAUUACGGAUGUGGACGAGCUUGGAGAUUGGAUGAGAUCUUGCUUGGAGGAUCACCCUUUGUUCGAAGCUGUUCCAGAGGAAGAACUUGAAGCAGACCCUGUUGUUAGGUUGUUAUCUUCUGCUACUGAGGAAGGCCAGAAGGUGGCUAGAAAUGGGGGCCAGACUUUCCGGGCUGUAUACAGGCGCAUAUCAGAAAAGGAAUAACCUGCUUCUGCUAUAAAACAAAGGUUAUCCACCUGGCCAUUGGCUUUGCUGUCUUCUCGAGCUAAUGAUAUGCUGGAUUGUUGGGUUGUAUGAUAGGUUUUGACGCUUGUAGUCCAGCUUCGCUGCUUUUGGGCUGAAGCUUGCCUCUUUUCUUUUGGCUUAGCAUGUGAUCUUCCUUAUUUUGGUUAUCAUACAUUGUUGCAGUCUUGACUUUAUAUUGCAUGAAUAUUUUAAGCUGCUAAUCCAACUGAUCUGAAUGACUCAGUCACUGGGUUCUCACAGGAUUAUAAUGAACUAGAGAACUUCUCAUGCGAUUUAUAUUCCAAA